AUGUGCAAACUUAUAAAAGCAAUCCAGAAUUGCCCUUUUAUCCUCGAGCCUCAGUCACAAUCUUUGUUAGUCCCACAAUACAAGGAGGUCUCAACAAGGGUAAUACUUGGAAUACAACUCUCGGACCGGGGCAUCAUAGUACCCUCCAUCUUGAUAUUUCCUCGUUUAGUUAUCGGGCUAUUCGGCAUUGACCUUGGAGAUUUGGGGCUCUCCAAGCUCUUUCUCAAAACUCGUCUCAUGGCCCAAAUCAUGUGGACGGUGGGAUCUUGUGGAGUGCCCAAGGCCCGGAACUUACCGCAAAAGUUGAGAUGCCGGGCCAUGGCUUCAUCCGGGCUUAUGAGCAUUUGGCAACGCAAGAUUUCGUCUUUCACGGCCUCACCACAAAGUCCGCAAAGCCAUUUGCCUCCGUACCUAAUAGUUCAAUUCAAUUCGUUUACAGCUCUAGAAACAAUAUGCAGUAAGAACCCAAAUGGCGGAAGUAACAUGGGUGCAUUCUUCAGUAAGCCCGCAGCAGUGGCACCUGGCAAAUUCCACCUCGAUUUGGCCCAAACUCUUGUUUUCAGGCCCAUCGGGCCCUGGAGUUACCUCCAUUAA